AUGGAAGUACUUAACAAAACUUUUAAAGACAGACGAAAAUUUGAAAAUUUUAUACAAGGAAUUUCUGGUACCCUACAGAGAUCACAAACAAAGGAUUCAAAUAUAUCAGAACAUGAGACCGAAAUAUCUGAUAAUGAACAUAGACGGAGCAGAGAUCCCAGUUAUCAUUAUAUAGGAUACUCUUGCCCUUUUUUAUACAAUCAAUAUCGGCAAACUUCCAAAGUCUCUAAUUUCUUUCGAUCAGCAGAAGGAAUGGCUGUUUCGGCAUUUAGAUCAAUUGGCAAAGUGGAUAUUAAUUUUAGAGUCAAGACUCGAGAACCCGCCAACAGUAAUAAGUGUGACGUGGAUAUCAGAGCGCAAGAAAAAACACAAAAUCAAAAUGAUCUCGUUCAGAGCAUCAACAAUAGGAAACAGGGAUGUCAGAAAACAAAUAGUAAAUUACCAACAGCAAAUCGAUUUAUUGAAUCAUCAUCUCUUUCCUUGGGAUGUGAAUGGGAAUUUGGAAAUGAAUCAAGAGUUUUGGCAGUUCAGGAAUUGUGUCGAAAUGAAUACAUUAUUUCAUCUAGCAUCACAGUUACCCAGGCUACUGAUCAGAACUCAUGCAAUGGAAACAGUGAUACAAAAAAUGAAAGUACUUUGCUCGAAUUGCAAAAUGAUCAUGAAACGCAGCACACCCAGGAUCUUCUUGAACUAUUGAAGAAUAAAGAACCAUAUCACGAUGAGAUAGACAAAAAAGCCUUGAAUGAUAUUGAGAUCGCACUCUUCGCCGGAAUGUAUGGCAUUACUGAUUUCUGCCUAGUGCUUGCACGUAAUGAUUCAGUUUUUUGGCUAAAAGAUCAUAAUGGUGUUAUUUAUUUUUGGUCUCGCAUAGAUGAUAGCAUGAUACGUGGAGGAGAUAAUCUGGAAGAAGCUUUGACAAAUUAUCUUUUUCACCACGAAAAUCUUUAUUAUGUCGAUGAGGUUACUCGCAAAUUGGUACCAAUAAAUGCAUAUGAUAAAAAAGCUGAAGAAUUUGCAAAAUCACCAGAAUCUUAUGUUUAUAUUGAUGCUAAAUAUUCAACAAAGCAAAAAUGGGAAAGUGGCAGAAAAAAGAAGCAAAAAAAUAAAAAAAAUAAAAAAAAGUAUUGA